AUGGACGCCCGGUCGAGAGAUGAGAGCCUACUGCAGGCUCGAGCAGGUGCAAGUGAUGGCUCAACAACUUCACAGCCUGGGAUUCCGACAGCAGGACAACCCAAAGUGCAACAGCCCAAGCCUCAAGCACUUCCCAACCGCUCAGGACCGUCGGCCAUCCUAGUGUCGACACGUCAAAAGGGCAACCCUAUCUUGAAUCACAUCAAGCUUCUGCCAUGGGAAUUCGCCGAUAUUCCGGCCGACUAUGUGGUCGGAACCACCACUUGUGCCUUGUUUCUCUCGUUGAAGUAUCAUCGUCUUCACCCAGAAUAUAUAUACUCGCGAAUCAAACUUCUGGCGGGAAAGUACAACCUCCGGAUCGUCCUCGUGAUGGUCGAUAUUCCGAACCAUGAAGACCCGCUCCGGGAGUUGUCCAAAACCUCCAUCAUCAAUAAUCUCACGCUGAUGCUAUGCUGGUCUGCUCCCGAGGCAGCCCACUAUCUGGAACUCUUCAAGUCCUCCGAGCACGCCCAGCCUACUGCCAUUCGUACCCAACAAGCACAAUCUUACAAAGAGUCGUUAGUGGAGUUCGUGACCACGCCCCGAAGUAUCAACAAGUCAGAUGCAGCGAGUUUGAUCUCUACAUUCGGUAGUCUGCAGAACGCCGUGAACGCCCAGCCGGAGCAAAUCAGCGCUGUGCCUGGCUGGGGCGAAAAGAAAGUUCAGCAGUGGUGCAACGCAGUGCGUGAAGACUUCAGGGUUGAGACUGCCAAGAAGGCGUCUGCCCCAGUCUCCCGAGCGACGACCCAGAAGCCGAGAUCUGUCCGGCAAGAUCAGGUGGCCAUGGCCGAGGAUGAAGAUGAAGCAGUGCUUCGAUCCGUGAUGGAAGAGAGCCGACGAAUGGCUGCUGCGGAAGAAGAGUCCAGAAACUCGUCUCGGCCAACCGAGCAGCUCGAUGAUGGCAUUGCAGCUGCACUGGCAAAGCUUCGAGAAUCUGGCGGUUGA